GCAGACACAAUCCGGCCUUCUCAGCAGCGGCUGCAGCUGCUGCUCUUGCAAAGCUGAAAGCUGCUGUUUCACUCGGCUGGUGCUGACUGCGGAGCGGCGUCGGCGGUGCUCCAUUUGUCGCCCCAGCUGCGGCGACCCAAGAGAAGCUUGUGGGCAGGUAGCAGAUCGCAGCCCUCUGGCAGCGGGCUCGGAAAAAGCUGAGCGGAGUGCCACGGCAUGAGAGGUGCUACGGAGAAGUACUAACGUGCCCUUGGACCAGUUCAGUUGCCUGCGGAUCAUGAGCACAAAAGAGAAGAAUUGGGGAAAAUAGAGCGGGGAGCUCUGAGAUUCAUAGAGAAGGAAUGUGAUUUAGAAUCUGUUAUCAGCAUUGAAGGAGCUGUUAUUGCGUCUAGUGGGGCCCGUCUCUACCCAUUUAGGACGCCAGCAAAGCAGGACAGGGAGCCAAAUUCUCCCCUACCCCUGCAAUCAAACUUGGUAUCACAACGAUUUUUGCCUAGAGUCAGAGAGUGUGGGAAAAUUAAACACUGGAAAUGAAACCAGUGAUGGUGGCAGAAGAAUUGGGUUGGCAACAGCAAGACUGGUCAGUCAAUGGAGAAAUCUUGGCAGGGCUAGGAGAAAGUUGACCCUGCUGUGGGGACAGGCAAAGUGGAGCACGGGUAUCCGCUGAUAUUUUAUGGAUAUCUGCAGGGGAACUGAAAUCCCCUAACAGGGCUGAGGAGGCAGGAGGCACUGUCAAGUCCUCAGAGAGCAAAAGGAAGUUGAAGUGAGGAGAGUUGAGUAGGCCAGAAAGUUGUAGUUGUCCCUAAGGAGGUGGAACAGAACAGGGAGAAGUGACUUUAUUGAUCUCUGCUGCAGGAACUUCAGAUCUUUUUAUCAUGGAUGUCAGUGAAGCCUGCAUCUCACUGUUUGUGAUGGCAGUUACAAUGAUGGUCACGGCUGGCUGCAGGCGACUGGUCAGGCAGUCUCAUAAGCCAAAUAUCCUCUGCUUCUUCCUUGAGUUAACUGGAAUCUUCCAGAUCUGUGCCUGUACUCAUGAGAUUUGUCUACUGGCUGAUUUGCCACCCAAACCUCAUGUGGCACUUGCCCUCACUUACGUUUUCACUGCUCUUCAUGGUUUGACUUUGCCCAGCAGCAUCAACAACCCCUCCAGCAGCUUUCAACUUCUCUGCAAGGGUAAGAUCACAGCCAAGACUUGGUGGCUACAGACUUCAGCUCAGUUCACUGGAGCAGUAUUGGCUCAUCUUUACAUCAAAUUAAUCUGGAUGUUGGGGAUGACAUCGGUGCACUUAAAGACAGCAGCGGAGAAUUGCAGUACUACCCCAAUUCAAACUACCUUAGCAAAAGCUUUUGUCCUAGAACUCCUAUUCUCUUUAUUGCUCCAUCUGACCUUACAGACCUUUGAAUCAAUGAACCCCAACACAAAGGUCCAUCUAGUCGCCAUGCUGAUUACCAUUAUGGUAUAUGAAGGAGGACAUCUCACAGGAGCCAUAUUUAACCCAGCUCUGGCUUUUUCUUUGCACAUAAGUUGUUUCGCUCAGCCUGAGAAAUUUUGGAAUUAUUUAUUGGUAUACUGGGUUGCACCAUGCAUAGGGUCUGUGUUGGUGUUUUUGGUAUGGGAUGAAAUCCUUCCUUUACUUCACAGACAACGGUCUGUGUAAAAUGGUAAAGCAAGAUGUUGAAAAGAUUCUGUUAAAAUGGAUGUGAAGAGACUGGAGAUUAGAAUCUCUUUGGCAACUUUCAUGUGAUUCUUUGGGGAGUAUCAUUAUAGGACUCUACAACACAGUAUUUAUCUGACUUGUCAAAAGCAGAGCCAUGUAUUUCAAAACUGGAAGAAUUUGUUAACGUAAUGUUCAGGUUUUUUUU